AAGACAAGUGCAUUCUGCUCGUCUUCCGGCGGACUGCCUUUAUGAUAUCUUUAACCUUCUCAAGGAUGAUAUCAAGUCGCUUCACUCUUGCAUCUUGGUCAAUAGGCUUUGGUGUGAAAUCGCCAUUCCAUACCUGUGGGCACACCCUUUCGCACAAUCAACCCCACCGCCGGCCUCGCUCAUAAACAUAUUCAUCGCAUGUCUCUCGGACGCCGAUAGACACGAACUCAUCGAAAAUGGAAUCCGAAUACCUUCUCAAUACAGAAAGGCCCCGACCUUCAACUAUGCUUCUUUCAUCCCAAAUCUUAGCAUGGAAAGACUCUACACCACCGUUCUCUGUUGGACACAACAACGCACCAACGAAAUCAAUGAGCUAGCUCUCUUGGUGUACUGCGCUCUGUGUCGCCUGUUCUUUGGAAAGCGGUCGAACAUUCAAUCACUCAGUUUGGACAGGCCGAGCAAGAAGCGUGGGUCUCUCACAGUUCCCAGAGACCUCGGGGUUGAUCUAUGCCUUCGUGAUGUCAGGACCUUGUCCAUCCGUUACACCACUGACACCUUCAUAUUCGAUGCACUUCACAGGCAAUCGGAAAAUAUUGAGGAUUUGUCGGUUACGAAAUCAUCAGAUCCUGAUCUUCAAAAUUUCGAUGAUUCAAAUUACCUUUCAUCAUUGAUAUUCUCUCAACACAAUUUGCGCAAGUUUUCGCUGUCUUGCUAUGACGCUGUUAACGGCUUCUCAUCAAAUAUCUUCCUGCCUCUCGCGAGUCAGGCCGAUACCCUCGUAUCCCUGAAGCUCCGGGGGGUUCCGUUCCCAAGUGAUAAUUCGAUUUUUGCCCUGACAACGUGUACGAGCAUUGAGGAACUAGAAAUUCAGCGAUGCACGGACGGCUCUGGCUGCUCAUUGGAACCAAUCUUUUUGGCCGAGUUGCCGAAUCUACGCAAAAUUCGAGUCGUCGAUUCUUCGAUCCUCUGGGGACAUUUUGUUGCCACCGUGAUCCAAAAGAAUCCCAAGAAUCUAGAAGAAGUGUUCUAUCAACCAUGGGAGGAUGAAGAACACAAUAUCUUGUCUACCUCGAUCAUAAAAAGCAUAUCGCGUUGGAGUCCAAAAUUGAAAACACUUGGCAUCGCCAUCGGUGCCGAUGAGGUUCCAUACUUGACGCAGAUUCUUUCAACUCCUGGAUGCAGGAUCGAAAGACUCAGCUUAUUCUCAAUGGGCAAGCCGGAGGGUGAUUUAGAAAAACUUUGGCCAGAUCUGGGAAAACACGUUCCGGCCGCUCUCAAACAUCUCAACAUAUGGAUAUUCAUCGGAGCAAAGCCGAUGCAUUUCUUCUUACAGAACACCAAGGCACAAUUGGAAUCUUUGUAUAUUGAUGGUUGGGUUGAAGACUUUCUUUAUUCCCCUUAUAGCGAUGUGCUUGGCGAAUACCUUCAGGAACGUUUCUUGGACAUGGCCGAUUUCUUUCAUCCUGAAACAUAA